AAAUUAAAUGAAAAAUGUUCGACGUGUCGUGAGCUAGGGCUAGUGGAGUGAGAUAGUCACUCAUAUUCGGAGCCUUACGGGGCUACAAUGUGCUACGAUCGCCACUAUCUUAAAUCAUAAAAAGGGAUUGGUUUUCACCACAGCGGCAGUGAUAAGUUUCACAUAUUAAACAGCAGGUAAUUGUACUGACCAGUUAGCAACACAAUAACAAGGAAAAAUCCGAAGUGAAGAUCUGCUGUCUUAUAAUUUCAACGAAAAAAAUAGCUGCAGAUUCAAAUGGACAGAAAAUUCAAACGUUUCCCACCGACAAUUUGCUACGAUCGCCCUGUGGCUGCUGUAACGGACAAAGUUAAAUGCGACAAAGAUCGUGAUCGUGCAAUCAAUGGAACGUUAAUCAAUUCGCUGAUCGUACCGAAGAAAUCGGCUAGAACGUGGACAUUGCAAAAAGGGGACCUGUGUAAAAUCACUCUCAUCGAAGGAUCCCAAGUUGGUGAUUUGAACUUCUGGAAUAUGGAAAACACCAGAGAGCAUUUCUAUUCAGGGAAGACGCGCCAAUUGCACUCGUCACAUUUGAAAGUAUACGAUAAGCUGUGGAGUUGCUUACCAUACUUGCGGCCAAUGGCAACAUUUGUCUUUGAUAGCUUGUCCGACUACGGCAUUGACAAAGACGGUGGGGCGUUGCAUGAUGUUAUCGGUACUAGGUGCGACGAUUAUACAUACAAAUUGAUUACGGGUAACGAACGGUUCGGAAGUUGUCACAGCUACUUAACAGAAGCAAUCAAAGAGCAUAAUCUUAAAGAGUCUGACGUGCAUGAUGUUUGGAACAUUUUUAUGUGCACAGGAUUAACACGAGACACAAAUCAGUAUUUUUGCAAACCAAGUCCAGCUGAAAAAGGCGAUUCAAUUGAAUUCAUUGCCGAAAUGAAUUUGUUAGUAGCUCUCAGUGCAUGUCCCCAAGGCGAUGUCUCACUCCCGGUCGGAAAAUUCGUUCCCGAUUCAAUGUGUCAUCCAUUUUUAGUAGAGAUUUAUCGAGCAUAACGUUUACUCUCAUGUUGCCGAAGCUCCACGCCAUCCAAUGCUUUGGACAACUCCAAGACAUAUUAAUGUUUUAAGGACCAUAUAUAACGAAACAUAAAUAAAAAUAUUAAAGCAUUUCUGAAAU